AUGGGUUUGGGCAAGAGCCAGAACACACGUGGUCUACGGAGGGAGGGCUACACAGUGCAGGUGGCAGUGAACGACUACCUGGACAUCUACUGCCCGCAUUACAACACUACCGCCACUAGCCAGCGGGGGACGCUGGAGCGCACAGUGGCCGAGCAGUACGUCCUCUACAUGGUCAGCUACCGCGGCUACCGCACCUGCGACCCCCAGAUGGGCUUCAAGCGCUGGGAGUGCAACCGGCCGCACGCGCCCCACGCGCCCAUCAAGUUCUCUGAGAAGUUCCAGCGCUACAGCGCCUUCUCCCUGGGCUACGAGUUCAACGUGGGUCACGAGUACUACUACAUAUCCACGCCCACCCAUCAUCACGGCCACAGCUGCCUGAGACUGAGAGUCUACGUCUGCUGCUCCACAGUCUCCCACGAUGAUGAUUCCAGUCAGACCCCUCCUGACUACACAUUCAGGCCCAAUAUCAAAAUACACAACAUCGAUGAAUUUAACCCUGAAAUUCCCAAACUGGAGAAGAGCGUCAGUGGCAGCAGCCCAUCACGCGAUCGCCUUCUGCUCACCGUGGCAACAUUGCUCAUCUCCGCCCUCCUGGUGUCCUAGCAACUGUCUCCCCGAGUGACAUCACAUGGAUACCUGGACCGCUUGGCCUGAAGGGCUCUGUAUUCACUAACCCUGGGUUCAAUUAGAAAGUGGGAGUAAACCAAGGAAAGGACACAUAAUUCAACCAAACAAACGCCAGAAUUACAAUCAAUUCGACACAAACAUAAAAAACAGGACUUACUCUCGGAUCGUACUCACUUAAGGAGAGGCCUUUAAAAUCUGCCAUUUUGCCCUUGAGCAAGGCAGUUAAUCCCCCAAAACAACUGCUCCCCAGGUACCGAUGACGUAGAUUAAGGCAGCCCCCCUGCACCUCUCUGAGUCAGGGUUGGGGUUAAAU